GAAAAGAAUAGCACUCGAUUUAGGCUUGUCAAUUCAGUUUAGAGAUUGUGUGCAACAAAAUUAGCCACAUUAUCAACCAUAUAUUGUAUUUAUCAAAAUACAGGCACGUUGCGCUGGAAUUUUCAUAUAGUUUGUAUUUUCAUAUAAUGUUAAGAAUUCGCCAUUUCACAACGACCGAAAUUGAUCACUAAGUGAAAAUGUGCCAAGGUUUUUCAUAUACACAUUCUAAUAAAAUUCUUAUAGUUUUACGUAAGACACUGAGAUUUAGCGCUGGACAUUUGAACAUUGCAUCUUUCUCAUUAGCACCAUAUUACGUCGCAUCAAUGCGUGUACGCAGCGGUCAUGUUUAAAACGCCGGCGCAUUUUACGCUUAUCACAGUUCAACGGUUGACUCCAACGACACAGCUUCCUAAACUACUAAUUCAAAAUCAUCCCUUUUAUCAAAAUGCAAAAAAUCGUAUUGUGCGCGUUUGCCUUAUUGGCCUUGGCUGCAGCGGUUCCUCAAGAACAGGAGCAAGCUUACAUCCUCAAACAGGAAUCUAAUGUCAAUCCCGACGGCUACAAUUUCGAGUUCGAAACCAGCGACGGAAUCUCCCGUCAAGAGCAAGGCACGCUGAAGCAAAUCAGCGAAGACCAGCAAGCCCUCGAAGUGCAAGGCACAUACAAGUACACCGCGCCCGACGGCCUCACAUACGUAGUCACCUUCAUCGCCAACGAGCAUGGCUACCAGCCGCAGGAGCAUAUUGAACAACCAGGACAGUAAAUAAGAUAAUAUUUUAGGCUUAUUUCGUGGUUUAACGACAUAAUUAUAAUGUAGAUAACGAGUAGAAAUCCGUGAAGUUUCAGCGAAUAGAACAAGAAAGCGGUUAGUUCGUUACUGCCCACGACAGCUCGAACGCCAUCUCCCACAGAACUGCAGUAACCACGACUCAUGCAACUGAGUCUAAAUAUCGAACAAAAUCAUCAAAUGUAUCAUGGUAUGUACUCGUCAUCUACAUUAUAACACGUAAAAAAGCAAUUUUUUGCCCCCUUGUAAAUACGUUCAUGUCAUGUUUUAUCUUUUGUACAAAUGUAAUUUGUAAAAAAUAAAAGAAGUAUGGCAUCAACAACUAACUAAUACAAUAGAGAAUAAAGUUCGUUUAAAGUUUGCCUUUAAAUUUUUCAACAAUUAAAAAAAAAAAUCAUAACUUUGAGAACACAACAUUGUUAUCAGUUUUAAAAAGCGAACUUUUAGAUACCUUCUAGCAGUAAAAUUAUUAUUGAAAUUCCACAUAAACGAAGAUUAAUAACUGAUAUAGCUUUCCAAUAUUUUU